UAUUAAUACACUCUCAGUAAAAAUACUGGUAGCCGAAAAACCCUAAAGCAAGAUAUGGGUUCUGAAGUUGAGCAAAAGCUUCCUGUCCUAGAUUUCUCCAAGGAAGCUCUGAAGCCAGGGACCAACUCAUGGCUCUUGGCAUGCAAAGAUGUUCAACGAGCACUUGAAGAGUUUGGAUGUUUUGUAGUGUUGUAUGACAAAAUCUCUGAUGAAUUUCGCAAUGCUUUUGUUGGUUCCCUUGAAGAACUAUUUGAUCUCCCUACCGAGACCAAAAUGACAAACAAAUAUGAAAAGCCCUUAAAUGGCUAUGUGGGACAAAUUCCCAAACUCCCUCUCCAUGAAAGCUUGGGCAUCGACUGUGCAACCAAUUUUGAGGAGACUAAAAAAUUCACAAAGCUCAUGUGGCCUGCUGGAAAUGAUAAAUUCUGUGAAAGGGCAUAUGCGUUUGCAAAAGUGGCGGAGGAGUUGGAUCAAAUGGUGGCUAGAAUGAUAUUUGAGAGCUAUGGUGUGGAGAAGUAUUAUGACUCGUAUGUUGGAUCGAUCUCUUACCUUCUUCGGAUCUUGCAAAAUAGAUCACCCAAAGAAAAUGAGCACAAUCUUGGCUUCGUUGCUCAUACUGACAAGAGCUUCACAACCGUACUUUAUCAGAAUAAUCAAGUCAAUGCUCUGGAGGUUGAAACAAGGAACCACGAAUGGAUUAAAGUUGAGUUUCCACCUUCAUCCUUCAUAGUCAUGGCGGGUGAUGCCCUAAUGGCAUGGAGCAAUGACAGGAUAUUAUCUCCUAAUCAUCGAGUUAUUAUGAGUGGGAAUGAAACAAGAUACUCGUUGGCGCAGUUUGCAUUUAGCGAUGGCGAGAUACAUGUACCCGAAGAGCUUGGCGAUGAAGAACGCCCAUUACGCUACAAGUCAUUUGAUCAUCCUGGACUACUACGUUUCUUUCGCUCUCAAGAUCGUUAUAUUUCAAACAGUGCUAUAAAAGCCUACUGUGGUGUUUGAACUAAACCUUGCAGCUAAGAAGUAUAUUGCUAGCUGUGGGUAUAUUGUGUGUUCAUCUCAAGUCUUGGUUUGUUUUUUUUUUUUCUUAUGGAUAUGAAAAUUAAUAAAUUUGUAUUUCCUAAGAGCAAGCUAAUUA